CAGACACAAUGGGUAGACACGCGUUCUCUAAUCUCUUACUCCUCUGGUCAAUCACCCAUGGUCUUUACAGACCUGGAGGGACUCAUCAUGUUCCAAAGAAGCAGUCCUGGAACAACCAGAACCUCUCCUAUGUCCCUCUGGAUCUGGAUGGGGGGCUCCGAACACUCGAUCUGUCAAAUAACUUCAUCACACAGUUACACGUGCUUGCUCUGCCGUACUUGGAGAAGCUAGACCUGAGCGGCAACCAGCUGGAUCUCAUCUCCGAGGGGGCUUUUGGAAACCUGGCCCGACUCAAACACUUGAAUCUGUCCAGGAAUCGACUGAGUGUCAACUUUGGCAGCAACAGCAAAGCCCUCGGAUCCCUCAGCGGACUCAGGAGCCUGGACAUAUCGAUGAACGGCUUGAGCAAUGGCGCUGCUGAACUUGUGCUGAGAAACAAGUCUUCUCUUGGUCAACUUACGAUGAAUGGUAAUAUUUUGAUAAAACUGUCACCCAGCCUGUUCCGAGAGAGCCAAAACAUUAGGAGUCUUAUUAUUGAAGAUAAUCUGAUUUCAGAAAUAGAACCGCAGACGUUUGACCCGCUACGCCGAUUGGAAUCGCUCAACUUGGCAAGAAACAAUCUUGCAUUUAUCUGUGAUUUUACGCUGCACCAGGUGAAAUAUUUGAAUCUCAGCAGGAAUUCAGUGAAGGUCUUUGUUACGCGUGAGAAUGCUGCGUUGUACAAUCUUGAAGUGCUUGACCUCAGUCACAACAAGUUGCUAUACUUUCCAAUUCUACCAAAAGUGAACGGACUAAAGUAUCUGCAUUUGCAGAAUAAUUUCCUUGGUGCCCUGGAUCCAGAGGCUGUGAUGGUAACUGAAGUUAACUCUCUUUAUCAGGACAUUGUAAAUGAGAAAAUACGUAGAAAGAAUUAUCUACAUGCAAACUGGAAGCUAAUGCCCCUGGUUUACAUUGACCUGAGCUUUAACCACUUCACCUCUUUUCCUAUUGAGACACUGAGCUUGCUUUACUCCUUAGAAACACUGAAUUUUAGUUAUAACUGUUUGCAAAACAUAAACUGGGACGUUAGGAAUUACAGCGAUCGAAGGCAAGUUCGUCAAAUAGUUUUUCCCUCCCUAAAGCACCUCGACCUGCAGAGCAACGGUCUUACCCGUGUGUCCCCUCUCUUCCUUAAGGCGCUCGCGAAAAUUGAAACGCUGAAUCUGCAGGACAACUCAGUGCAACCCUGCGGCCUUUUGAGCACGUCUCUGUCAAGAAAGCAUGCCGAUCUCAAUUCUUCCUGCGCUGCAUUUGGCCAGCUGAACACUCUUAAACACCUCAACCUCAGAGAAAAUGACAUAAAUAUACUUCAACCAAACACCUUUCAGGGCACCUCACUGAUUUCCUUAAACCUCGCAAAAAACCUCCACAUGGUGAUGCACGAGAGGGCACUGGAAGGUGUGCAAACAACAUUACAGUCUUUGAUUAUCAGUGGGAUAGACGUGAACAGCUCGGGUCUGCCUUUACCCUGCAUGCCCGCGCUGACUGGGCUGAACAUGUCAAACAACAAACUCAGCAGGACGCCUGACAGCUUCGGCUGCUCUUCUCUAAGAGAGGUGGAUCUACGAAACAAUGCUUUCGUGACCCUAAACUAUUCUUUGGUUGAGGCUGCGUCCGCCAACCUGACUACGGUGUUUCUUAGCGGGAAUCAUUUCAACUGCUGUGACAGCGGAUGGCUGACGGUCUUAAACGAGAUGAGGGUUAGUCUGCCUGACAUCGACCAGGCCGAAUGCUUUACGCAAGAGAGGAACUUGACGAUGCGAGAAUACCUGAAAAGCCCUUUGCUUCACUGUUCCUUUCAAAAAGAGGGCCAAGGAGUUCAUUUUGGACAAUUGAUUAUAACAGUGAUAUUUAUGACCGUAUUUUCAUCAGUUCUUAUUUUUUUUAGCAGGAAGGUCUGUUGCUCCCAGAGAUCUUUUGUGGUGUGACAGAAAAGUCUGUUUCUACACAAUCUGCACAGUCUACAGCUCUGGCUAAAUGUUUAAAUGCACUCACCAUUUAGAGAAAGUGAUUCAUUUUGGGCUUUUAAUGAGGCAUUUGUGUUGCUCUUUUUCCAUGAUGGAAUAAUUCUGAAUAUUUAAAUAAUAGUUUCAUUAUUAUCCAAAAAAAAAACAAGAACUGGGUGCACUGAAGUAAUUUACUAUGGACAAUCUCAAAUCUAUAUAGCAGCAAAAUCAUACAUAAGUUCAAAUAUAUGCAUAUUACCCCUACUAACAUUUAAAUUCAUUCCCAUUGGCAAGUUGUAGAACCACAUGUUUGUUAAACCCAUCGACAAGCUUGUGACCCAAGUCUGACUGUGUGACUUCUAUGUGGGAUGGAAUUGGAGGUGCUCAUUUAAAUUGCUUGGUUUAUUGGCAAGGAGACAAUUUUUAGUCAUAGUCCGUCAUUUUCAAUGAGGUUUAGGUUCGGGCCAAUCCAGAAGCUUAAUGCUAAUUAAACUCUCAUUAAUGUUUGCAUACCCCUCUUAGGCAGCCAAGAGACCUUGUCAGAUAUAAAUAUUUGAAAAUAUGGCUGAAUACAAUUAUUGUGCGAUGUGUAACGGUACAUUUACAUUAGUUAAUGUAAACUUCAUACUGAAAGAAGUCUAUUUGAUAAAUGGCGAGUUUUCUGUUUAGAACAGUGACUGUAAUUGUGGGGCUUUGACUGUAGCAAAUGUCCGAAAGACUCAUCAG